UGAGCGAGGCACAAUCAAAAUGCAGCGGAUGCCAUGUUCACACUCCUGUAGCUAGGGAAGGGCGGGGAGGCGCACAACCGGUCGGUGUCGGAGAAUCUGGGCGAAACGAAACCGUUUCUGACAGCCCCUGUGCGCCAGCGUCCACGAUUGCCAACGCAAUCCUCACAAAUCGUUUUACUUGCCCAUUAGCAAGAACAGCCUUCGUUUCUGGGUGUCUAAUGGCUAGAUACACCCCUCCGUGCCCUACAUUCCCCUCGUCCUAGGGAGCAGGUCUUCCCCCAACUGCAUUUAUCAUCAUCUCUCCAAACCCGGCAGUGCUGAUCCAGACCGGGGGGUGCAUUUCUCAGAAUCCGAGAUCUGUGUCUAUUCACAGGACGCCUGCGUGCAUUCAGAGAGCACAGGCGAAGGUUUCUUAAAAUCGCUUUAAUAACAGCACGAUGCCGAAGAACCAAAAUUGGCUAUUAUCGAGUCUGCUUCCACUGUAACUGGCUAGAGUGCGUCUCGUUGCUGUGUUUUAACUGGAUGCGAGUCCUCUCGCCCCCUAGUUCUGAUUCUGCUGAUCCUUUGUAGGUGAAAUCGGUCCUGAUUUCUGAAUACCGGGCAAUUCUCCGUGCAGGUAGCCACAAUGAAGGACGGCAUGGCCAACAACAGCACAGCCAGUAUAUCACAGGCCAGGAAGGCAGUGGAGCAGCUGAAGAUGGAGGCCUGUAUGGACAGAAUGAAGGUGUCCAAGGCGGCGGCGGACCUCAUGGCGUACUGCGACGCCCACAUCCGGGAGGACCCGCUCAUCGUGCCGGUGCCAGCCUCCGAGAACCCCUUCCGGGAGAAGAAGUUCUUCUGCACCAUCCUCUGAGGCCCCCGCCGGGCCGAGCAGCGAGCCUGGGCUUCCUGAGCGCCCAGCACCUUGACCACACGCAGGAGUUAACGAGGAGCCGAGGAGGAGUUCUGAGUCGGCCCCCCCGUUAAAAGCCGCCUCAGUUUGGUGACUGCAGGAGUCGCAUCAGUCCAGUCGCUGGUGUCGUUUGGUUGUCUGUGUUUCGUUUAGGUUCGUUAUGCUUAUUAGUAGAGAACAGCGUCGCUCAUUGCCUAAAGAGAGAUUUUUGUUUCAAACGACUAGACUUUCUCCAUGGGCCUCAGGCAAGAAAACACAAGAAGAAGAAAAUACUCCCGAGUGCUUUAAAACAAUACACAACACGAGCGAGACAGUGGCGUUCCAGAACAGGAGUUGAAUCCCAAGAUAAGAUGAAAUGUGGUUGGUAAUGGGGGGUGGGGAGACUUUGCAAGAUAAGGCAGAUUCAGGACAAUCAAGGGAGCAGCUGAAAAUCAGGUCUAGAUUUUAACAGAUGCACAGGGGAAUCCUUUCUCCCCGGCUGUGCCUGACCUUUUUUUUCCUUUUUAUGAGGUACAUUAAUUUCUUGACAUAUUCCUACUCGUUAAAAUAUUGGUACAAUGUAUUUAAGUUAAAAUUCCUAAUUGUCAGCAAUAGAUUUUUAUGCCGAGUUGAUUUUUUUUUUAUAAUUGACUGAUGUUAACUAAUCUGAGCAAUUACUGUGAAAAGGGCACAGCUACCUUUUAGUAUUAUGAUUUGGACUAUUUCCAUUGCAGCUGCUCUUACAUUUGCACGCUUGUUGAUUGCAUUGUGAGACUAUUACAGACUGAGCCUCCUCCACUUCUCCUGUUUUCUGUCCUCUAUAACCAUCUCUUCAAUCACAUAGCUAAAAGAAAUCACAUUUCAGAGAGACCACAUUCUGCUCCCUGUUAAAUGUGAUCAGAUAUAAGACUCGAGCCUGCUGAUUUAAGUCCUGUAAAGGUAUUUUGAGAUUUUCUGAAAGUCACUUGGCUUUUGACUAAUGCACAUCCAAAUUUUUGGCCACUUAAAUGUUCUCCAGUCAUACUGCGCUUUGAGAUGGAGAGACCCUUGAAAUGAAAAUAGUUACAUUGGGGAUCUUUAAUAAACAGUGAUCUGUAAUGCACUAGGAUAAGACACAAUGACAGCCAUGUUUCUAUCAAACAUUAGAAUAAUCAUGAUUGAUUUGGCUUUUCCAAGCUGGAAAGUAAUGUUCAGAAUAAGCCCCAAUAUAAGUCUACCUUAAAGGAAUUAAUGUCGUCUCACCUUGAAGUGGAAAUACUUCUGUGUGAUGUUCUGGAAGUCUUUUUGCUUAAAUUUGUUUUAAUCAGCUAGUGUAGUGUUGCAAAGAAAAAAGGCACAUCUUCAGGCAGAGGUCAUUGUGGAAUUGAACAGUCCACUUCAAAGACACCUGGCUAACGCACACUGUGAAGUACUGUGGUUAGGGUGCCACGUCGCAUGCUCCAGAACAAUCCCUUUUCUUUACAACAGGAGACUGGCAGGUGGUAGAGCUCCAUUGUGAUUCUCCUAAGCAGUACAAAACCACCAACAGCUGGCCUCUUUCCCACCCUGACUGGCCCUGGUGAAGGAGAAUACAGCAUUAAUGGCACUGGCUGGGUUUGAGUGUUAUUUAAACUAGACACAUUCCAGACUUGUGGCCACUCUGGUAAACAAUGGGCCAUGCGUGGUAAUCUGAUCAUCUGUCAUUAUGUAGGGAGAAACUAUACGCCAGUGUCCCGUGGAACACAGAAAACAUAGUGAGAAACACAAUGCAAUGCAACAACAGAACAAGAGCAGAUGAUUUGCUAUUUAAAAUAAAAAAAAGAGGAGAAAGCACACCCAGUGUUAUUGAAAUGGCUUCUGAUGGGUAUCAAUCAAAGCACCGAGAUGAGCAGGACGCACACUCUCUACUCUGAGGAUGUUUAUUAGACACUGUCAACAUUUCGGCGCCGACAAAGGCCUUCUGUCCAUCUGCAGAAAAGAUGACUGUGUGUUAUAAAGUUCACAGGGCUAGAGAGUGUGCAUCCCGCUGCUGUCAUUGCUCAUUUUCUUUGACUUGAAUCUGCUACAUCUCCAUACCUUGCACAGCAGGCCCUACACGUCUUUGUUGUACUGUUCUCGUUACAGCAGAGGAAGCUCACCUGGAGCUUUACGUAUAGCAGGCCUGUUUGCCAUCUUAGAGAAUCCACCCUGGUAUAGUCACAAUUAAACCCCUCCUGAACUACACAUUUUCCAGUGGUGUGUGAUGGACUGAAUGCCAGGCUACGACUGAGCCGCGGAUCAGCUAUUCAUUAUAAUUUUGGCACUAUAGAGAUAACUCAACCCCUUUAAAGAGUACACUGUAUUAUAUAUAAUACAGGAAAGCAAAUUUGUUUGUUUCUUAUUUAACGAAGUACAGUAAGGGUUUAAUUGAAAAUAACAAUUGGGGUGAACCUGCUUGUAUGGAGUAUUUAGAAUUGCCAAAAUGAAUUUAAAAAUACAACCAUCUGUUAAUGCUGGCUUUUUGUCAGCGUUUAAGGGAGCCAGACAUCCAGCUUGGCAUCUCUCUCCGUUUUGCAAACCUGAUUUCCAGCUGGCUCAAGGGUCAACACAAAAUCAAAGCCAGUGUCAGCUCUGAGGUCUUUUUCCCGCAGCACAAAAAGUAGCCUGUCGGCAAGUCCACUGAGACUGUGAGAAAUAAUGGGUGCACAGUCCGACGUGUUUUGUUUUGUAAAAUAGCCUGUUACCUUACUUUGAGCUCCAGAUCUGAUUUCUGUCAGUCUGCUGGUAGGAGAGGGGAGUGGCAGGAAAAAGCCAGGGACUGAUGCAGAGGAAUUCAAAGGGGUCCCAGGAAUCGUCUCGUUUGUUUAGGGACAUUGUCCUUAACCUCUUUCUUAACUGGAGCGAAUUAGAGAUAUAUAUGUGAACAAAAAAGGAACAAUUUGGUUAGAACAAUAUAAACACCAAUAUAAAGACGUUUCGUUUUCGUUUAGCUUUUGAACGGUGUGUUGCGAGAGUGUGUAUGCACUUGCCGAACAAUGCCUGUGACCCUGAUGCUGUCCAGUGAGCCUUGAAAAUAUUCAGCUGAUUUAGCUGUUGAAGCAGCUGCAGUGCCAAUAUGAUUUUAACUGUUCCUCGUAGACGUCAAGUGUUGCUACCCUGAACCCAGACUAGAGGCAAGAUGUUCCUGAAUGAGGUGUUAACUCUAUCACUUAAAACCCCACCUUUUCAGAACCUUAAAGUGCAUCCUAUUAAAUAUUUUGUCCCAGUAUUACCUGUACUAGCCCACAGUUGUAAAUGAUUAGAAUACUUUGGUGUCUUGUUGGGGGUUAUUGAGGACUGCCAGAUUCCAGCGUUAAAUAGCCAUCAGUGAAUCAUGUCUUACUAUCAGCAGCACCAAGGGGUUUGCAGACUAUAAUCAAAGUAAUUUUUUUGGAAAGGGCGUAAAAAGCCUGUUGAAGAAUGCCUUCUUGUAGUUGAUAUUUUCCAGAGCAAAGGUUCUUUUUAACUAGUGCAACCAGGAGAAGAGUCUGCUUCAUCCAACGGUCCACUCUGCAGCACUGUGAUGAUAGAUGGCAGGAGAGAAUCCACCAGCUGCAGAGCACUGCCUGUCUUGACGCUGAACUAUGUUAACGACCAGCACUCCAUGUACACCUAGUAUUCUAAAUUGUUUAGUUAUCGGUUUUGCUUCACUUCUUUACUUAUUUAUUGGUUUUUACUUUUAUGAUUAUGACUUGUGAUGUACCUGCAAACCCAAGUUCAGAUCUGCGUGGCCCUUGCCUUACUUGAAAGGCACGAGAAUGCAUGUUUCUCUGCUCAAUUAGGAGACAGCGUUUCUUCUCUUUAGAAAGAGACAGUAGAUCCUGUUACCUGCAUGUUAGAUUGUCAAGUGCUGUGAGAAAGACUUAUCUUGUAUACUAUUGUAUCACAGUCUUGACUGAGAAAAAAAAAGCACAAUUUUAGAUGUUUCUUUUGCCGUUUUUUAAACUUGAAUUUGCUCAUUUUUACAAACGUAUGUAGAUAUGAAAUAUGUUGCAGAGCACUGAGUAUUACAUGGAAUGUGUGGUGCUUUAGCUUUGAAAAAAAAAUAAAGAGUUCAACCUGUUUUGUAAAGUGUACAGCCAUGUAUGUAGCAGAAGGAAAUAAACAUAAAAAAUUAAAAAAAAACAUACACUGUCAUUCUA